ACGCCAAAGGAAUGAACAGGAAAGCUGAAGAGACAAAUGCAAAGAUAUACUACCUUAGAAACCAAAAGAUGGAGCUUGAUGGCAGGCUCAUGGAAACAUUAUCUAGAAUUGAUUCGCUUAAGGAUGAGCAAAAGGCCAUGGAGUCUACACUGGAGGAGAAAAGGAACGAGAUCAAACGGUUACGAGAUAAAGACAUGAAUACAGGAAAUGAAAACCCUCAGGUCAUUGCUCUAACAGCAACUUUGAAGCAAAAGGAAGCUGAAAUUGAGGAAUUGAAGCACCUUCUUAAUCCCCGACUAAGAGUUCGGUCAGUGAGUACCGAUGGCCGAUUGAAUUCGCAACUAAAUAUGACAGUUAUGGGAAGUAUGGAACAAAACGGAAAGAUAGAGUUCAGCCACAUGGAAGGUGGGCCGGUACAUGAAUCUUUGAAUAAGGAUGGUGACAAUUUGACGAAAGGUCGGGAUGAAAAUGAGACUAAAUCCAGUUUUUCUCAAGAGGAAGACAAAAGAGAAGGGGUUGGAGAUGGAAUUGAGAAAAGAGGUGGACAGCUGCAGAAACUUGAAAAAUCGGGAGCAAAUACCAGAAACGGGGUUUCUGAAGAUACAAGUAAUAUUGGAAUAGAUGAGGAAAAGAAUCGUGCAGAUGCUAUUGAUACGAUCAAUGAUUUGGAUGAUGAACAAGAAAAGAGAAGCAGCUUAGAAAGGCAGCUUGGAAAACGUAAAGAUUCUCACCAAGAAAGCAGGGAAAACGGGGAAACAGAUGACGAUUCAAGAAUUUCAAGAUUACCAGGGAGAAUCGGCCAUUUAAGCAGAUCAAAGGUGAAAAGAUGGAGAACUCUUGCUAGGAACAGGUCCCUAAAGAGGAAAGUAAAUUCCGGAAUAGAUGCAAUUGAAAACAUGACAAACAGAAGACUGUCAAAGGAAUAUAAAGAUGAUAUAAUAAGCCGGGAAGAUGGAACAGUUUCUGAUGACGAAACAAAAACCGAACCAGGUCGGAGGAAGGAAAUGGAUGAUAGAAAAGUUAAUUACUUCAAGCAACAGAACUAUGACGGUACUGAAGAUGUGAAACACAGAAAAAUGAGCGGCAAGACAAGCCAUCAGGUGGAAGGAGGAUUUGUGAUGCAAAGAAACCAUAUUAACUCUCUGGCAGUGGCAAUAGAAGACAAAGGUGUCAAUAGAGAAGCCAAUAAUUGUACACAGGGCACAGACCAUGUCAAAGUUAAAGAAACAGACAAGAUCAAACAGAAUAUGAACAUGUAUGUCAAGGAACCGAAGAAAGCUGAACUCAAUUCUGCCAAUGGAAAUGAAACAGAAGAAGAUAUAGAGGUUGCAUAUGAACAAGAGCCAGAAACAGAAGCACACAAGGGCGACGUUUCCGGUAAUUUUAUGUCUGAAUCCAGUGGUGGAGAAGAGAACAAGGAGGAAACAGAUGAACCUGAGUUUUAAUUUACGUACGUUUUUAAGUGUUCUGUCAUGGUUGUGGAGCUUUUUAAAUAGCUGGCUUGCUCUUAUAUAGUAACUGUCAUGACUUUUUGCAGUAAAAUUAUGUUUGGAAUUAGUGGAAGAAUCAGUACAUGGUUAAUGCCUGUCAUAACUUGAUUCAAAUCUCAUUUUCUGCCAUAUAAAAGGUGAAAUCCAAAAGAAA